CUUUGCUAUCAAGGUUUACGAAGCCUUAUUUUUAAACCAAAAAUGUUGUCAUCUAGAUCUCUAUCUCCGAAAAACGACGUUUCCAAAAUGGCCAGGAUUUCGUUGGCAGACAAAGAAAACACGCCCCCCAGCCUAAACUCAACGCGAAUCCUGGCGUCCAAAACGGCAAGAAAGAUCUUUGAGGACGCAGAUAAUCAGGAAAGGGCGAAGGACACUAAGAAGCCAAGCGUGCAGGAUGAGCCGCUUUUAAGAGACAAUCCCCGCCGGUUCGUCAUCUUUCCGAUCGAAUACCACGACAUCUGGCAGAUGUAUAAGAAAGCCGAGGCGUCCUUCUGGACAGCAGAAGAGGUGGACCUGUCUAAAGACCUGCUGGACUGGGAGUCCCUGAAGGAAGAGGAGAGAUAUUUUAUCUCCCAUGUGUUGGCGUUCUUCGCCGCCAGUGAUGGCAUCGUCAAUGAGAAUCUGGUGGAGCGUUUUAGCCAGGAGGUCCAAGUCACCGAGGCACGUUGUUUCUACGGCUUCCAAAUCGCCAUGGAGAACAUUCACUCAGAAAUGUACAGCUUGCUCAUAGACACCUACAUCAAAGACCACCAAGAGAGGGAAUACCUUUUCAACGCCAUUGAAACUCUGCCGUGCGUCAAGAAGAAGGCCGACUGGGCUCUGAACUGGAUUGGGAAUAAAGACGCACAGUAUGGUGAGCGUGUGGUGGCCUUUGCCGCUGUGGAGGGGAUAUUUUUCUCUGGGUCGUUUGCCGCCAUCUUCUGGCUGAAGAAGCGGGGCUUGAUGCCAGGCCUCACCUUCUCCAAUGAGCUGAUCAGCAGGGACGAGGGGCUGCACUGCGACUUCGCCUGCCUCAUGUUCAAACACCUGGUGAACAAGCCCUCGGAGGAGAAGGUCAGGCGCAUCAUCGCCAACGCUGUGGAGAUCGAACAGGAGUUCCUCACCGACGCCCUGCCCGUGAAGCUGAUCGGUAUGAACUGCGACCUGAUGAAACAGUACAUUGAGUUCGUGGCGGACAGACUCCUGCUGGAGCUGGGAUUCGGCAAGGUCUACAGGGCUGAGAAUCCCUUUGACUUCAUGGAGAACAUUUCGCUGGAGGGGAAGACCAACUUCUUCGAGAAGCGGGUGGGGGAGUAUCAGCGGAUGGGCGUGAUGUCGGGCCCCACAGACAACACCUUCCGACUGGAUGCCGAUUUCUGAUCCCUCCCCAGGGCACAGCGAAGGGGGAGAGAGCAACGGACAAAAAGUAAAAAACACUGAUAGAAACUAACCAUAGACAACCUCCUGGACUCCAACUCCCAGC